AUGCGCCUCUUCUUGAUCCGCCAUGGUGAGACGGUUGACAAUGUAGCCGGCAUACUUGCCGGCAGAAGAGAUUCAGCCCUUACCAAUCAUGGCGCUGAACAAGCUCGUCGCCUGAGCGACUUUCUGGCAGAUAACAGACCACCGCUGACCCGCAUCUUCUCUUCAACGCUGCAACGCGCCCACAAGACAGCUACCAUCUUGGCCUCAAAGCAAUCCAACAAGGACCUGAACAUAACCACUGUCGACUCCUUGAUCGAGCGCGACUUUGGCUACUACGAGGGCAAGACCAACCGUGUGCGCAAGGGUCCAGAUCAGGAAGAGCACAAGAAAGAGCCAGGCUUUGUUGAUGUUGAGUCCAAGGACAAUCUUGGUGUCCGCGCAGACUUAUUCUUGGACGACCAUCUGUUGCCCAUCUUGGAUGAUGAAGCCGACUUUGGUGGUGCCGCUGAGCAUAUCGUUGCGGUUGUGUCCCAUGGCAUCUUGUUGUCAAGCCUUUGGCGAAGAUUGCUGCUCCGUCUUGGUCCAAAGAGUGUGAAAGUCUCUCGUGAGGUCAUCGCAGCUCGAGGUCAAGUUGUUCUUGCUCACCUGGGCGGAUGGAGCAAUACAGGCUUCCUCGAACUGUCAAUCGAACGCCUAGACCCUCAAAGCAGCCCGGAGCUGGACAUUGUUCUGCCUCCUAUGACUCCCUCUCUGGACGAGCAGGCAACCACGACUGAUGUGCCAUCUCCGAGAAGUCCAAUCGUCACUUCACCUCCUCACCUGGUGACAGAAUCAUCUGAAGCAGAGAUGCCGACAGAUCAGCUCGACGUUAUUGGCAGAGUAAGUGUCACGAAAACCGCUAUUGAGCCUGGACCAAUUGAGGAAGACGGUCCUAGACUGCUCGAAGGCUACCGCACAACCAUUCUUGUCGUCGAUGGACAGCAGCAUCUGCAAGGCUUGAAGCGACAACGAGGUGGUAUCGGGCGAGCCCAACAUGAUGACAAACAGCAAAGCAUGACAGCCUUCUUCAAAAGAGCCAGAAAGGAUUGA